AUGGAGCUUCCUUCGUCGUUAGAGAGCUGCCGGAUCGCAGCGCUGCCGCCAUCGGCCUACUACAUUCCCAACUUCCUCAGCGAAGAAGAGGAGCGGGCAAUCUUGCAAAAGGUUGAGACGGCACCCAAGGCGCGAUGGCGUCAACUGACGCACCGACGCCUUCAAACUUGGCCUUCCGAUCUCGUCAAAGACACGCUCCUCGAUUCCCGACCGCUCCCCGAUUGGCUUGAGGAACCCGUCGUCUCCCGCCUCUUGUCCAUUUCCGUCGCGGAUGGCGAGGCGAACCUAUUUGCAUCUAGCCCUCAUAGCCGGCCCAACCAUGUCCUGAUCAACGAAUACCCCCCGAAUACGGGCAUCAUGCCGCAUAAGGAUGGCGCCGCAUAUCAUCCUGUGGUUUGUACAGUGAGUCUCGGUUCUAGCAUAUGCCUCAACCUCUAUAAGAGCAAGGAAGACGGCGCGAUCGAGCCUGAGCCUACGUGGAGAAUCUUGCAAGAGCCCCGAAGCCUUCUUAUCACGACGGCCGAGCUCUAUUCGGAAUACCUGCAUGGAAUAGAGCCUAUUUCGGAAGACGUAGACAUUACGGAGCAUUCGAUAGCGAACUGGACUCUUUUGCGUUCGCCUUCGUUGUACGAGGAUGGGCGCCACGAGCGGCAGACGCGCAUCAGCCUCACCUAUCGUGACGUUUUGAAGGUGUCCAAGCUUGGUGGCAAGCUAGGGCCCAUGUUUAAACGCCCGUGA